AACAGUAUUGCACGAUUCUAUUUAUUAUUUUUCCAACAUUUAACCAUUUACAAUGCGUUGUUACCGUAUUUGUUUAAUUUUUUUAUCAGUGUUCAAUAAUAUGUGAUAAUCAGUAAUCCAGUCAAGAGACAAUCGAGGUACAUGCACUGAAAAUGAAUCCAUACAAGUGUACUCGUUCUAGUUACCUAGGUGAGUGUCUAUAAACACAAAACGAAUUUUAUAGAAAAACGUGUUUUACAAAAACGCAUAAAAACCGCAAGAACGAAGUUGAAAAUUGUUUUAACAGUGUGAGAGUCCAGUGCACAAAGUACGUAUAAUUAAAACCAACCUUGAGAAACAACAGUUUAUAGCCAGAGAGGUUUAAUGUUGCAUCUAUUUUCUAUUCGAUUCCACUGGAUUAGAAUAGUUUAUGGUUAGACACGGUGUAAACAACGUUAAUUCUUGAAGCAAAACAAUUGUUAAACAUCACAUUGGAUAAUUCGGUAAUCAUCUGGAGUUUUACACUUGUGAGCUAAUAAUAAAUGAUAAAAAUAGUACCAAAUUCCCAAAUUUGUAUGAUUACGAUUGUGAUAGUAUUGAUAAGAGAUUGAUAAUAAAAUGGAUUAAAUUGGACUUUAAUUGGACUUUAAAUCAAUUUUAAAGUAAAAAACAACUAUAAAAAGUGAAUUUAUCAUAAAUAAUAAACUGUGAUAUUAUAUAAGUUUACCGUCAACGUUAUUCUAAGUUUUGUGAUAAUUUAAAGUGAUUUAAACGAAAAACAAAAAGAAAUAAACAUCAACAUGGGUUAUAUAAAAUUAGGAAUUGAAUUUCCUGUGUUUUUAAUAUUUUUCGCACUGAUGUUGGGUGCGCCGGUAAAUAUGAACUUCAUAAUUUAUCGCACAUGUUAUGUCAUAAUGAGUUAUAAUGAAACCGAUUGUGCGAAAUUAGGCAUCAACACGACAGAUAACGCUACGAAUGAAUUAGAAAAAGAGGUUGAACCGAUUGCAAACUAUAUAAAUAUGACAAUGGAUCUAGUCACAUUGAUAAUACCGUGUAUUUUGUGUAUUUUUGUUGGAGCGUGGUCAGAUAAAAAAGGACGAAGGCCAAUAUUAAUAUUAACUUUAACAGGAUUUGCACUAUCAAAUGUAAUUAAAGUGGCAGUAGCUGCCAUACCUAAUCUUAACCCUUGGUUUUUAUUCUUGCAAUGUAUUCCGACUCUUUUAAGCGGUGGUUUGCCAACUUUUAUUAUGAUUUCCUUCUGCUAUCUUAUAGAUAUUACAAAUGCACAAAACAGAGGCUUAAGAUUGGGAAUAAUGGAAGGCAUUCUGGGUCUGGGAAUGUUGGCGGGAACAUUUUUAAGUGCGAAAAUAUUUGCACUGAUUGGAUAUACAGGAGUGUUCAUAAUUUGUACUAGUCUCUCUAUAUUAGCUCUGUUAAUAACAUUUUGUUUUCUCAACGAAACAGUCGAAAUAAGACAAGAUGAAGAUUGUAAAUUCUUCUCAUUACACAAUUUAAAAGAAAUGAGUCGCACCACAUUUAAAAAACGUCAGGGUUACAAUCGUCUAAUUCUUUUGGUUUGUAUCUGUUCCAUAAUAUUCUACGUAAUGGCUGAAAACAAUAGCGGAACGGAGAGUUUACUAUUACGUUCGAAAUUUCAUUGGGAUCUACAGAAACUCACAACUUAUAGUACAAUUCGCUCGGUUAUAGCGAUCUUCGGCGGAUUUUUGGGGAUAUUUAUUUUACACACCGUUUUACGUGUGCCUGAAUUACCGCUGAUUAUUACCGCAUUACUAUUUUGCGCGGUAAAUACUUUUAUGGUUGCGUUUGCUGAAUAUGAUUGGCAAAUAUACGUAGCUGUUUCUUUACGAAUAAUGUCCGCUGUCGUAAGUCCAAUGGUACGGUCUCUACUAUCAAAAAUAAUACCACACGCAGAAAUUGGACAAAUUUUUGCUUUUGGUAUAUCAUUAGAAUCACUAAUUGCAAUGACAGCAGGACCAAUGUAUACAAUAAUAUACACGAAUUCAAUCAACGUAUUUCCGGGCGCGUUUGAUUUAAUUCCCUUCUCAUUACACAUCAUUAAUCUCUUGUUAUUUAUAUUCAUUGUGAUAUUAAAACGAACAUCAAACACCAUUGUAUAUUUAGACAUCAGAGAGGAUCAAGCAGAAACUCCCGCUCCUAUUAAUUAAUUAUUUUCUACUGUAUCAUUUGUAUAAAUAUGUAAUAUGAAAUUAUAUACAUCUAUUUAUUUAUAAA